UGAAAAACAGCUGGAAACGCCAUUUUAGAAUGCAAGCGUACAAUUUCUGUUCUGAUUUGUGCUCAACACCUUAUCGACACUACAACAUCUGUUAUCACAUAGGUCCUAAAAUGAGUUUCAGCAGAUCCAUAAAUUAUUGCAAGUUUUUACACGGCAACUUGUACAGAUUCGAUGACAUUCAAAUGAACCUAUAUAUAUUCAACGUGCCAGAUGAUAAUCUUUGGGUGGGUCUCGAAAAAGGCUACGAAAAUAACUCCGCUGUCCUCAUAGACUUGAAAGGAAAAUUCGUGACGCGUGGUUUAAGCGAUAAUAUUUCAAAUUAUUUCGUGUAUUACGGUAGGUUAAUGAAAUGGAUCGACGCCACAGAUCCCGAAACGAAAUGUGUCGUCAAAAAGGGAGACGCGCUCUACAGUUCCCGCUGUGAUUUAGGCCACCCCUUCUGCCUCAAGUCAAUAUGCAAUAUUAAGGCUGGCAGUUCCUGUAAAUUCGAUGCUGAAUGCUUAUCAGAGCUAUGCCACAAUCGUACUUGUAACUGCAAAGGAUCUUUGAAAAAUGUUAAUGGGCUGUGUUUGCUGGAACACGAGUGCGAAAAAAAUGAGGAUUGCCAGCUCGUGAUGGACAAAAGUUAUUGUCGUAAAAAUGAAUGCGAAUGUAUCGGUCCUUUAAUCAUGAUCAAUGGGGAAUGCGUCGAAAAAAAAUCUGUCGGCCAAAGAUGCUUGAAUCAUAGUGAAUGUGUUUAUAGACAAUGCCAAUCGAGAUGCCGAUGUCCUACUGGGACCUUUCUCCAUAAUAAUACGUGCUCUGAAGGUAGACGUUUAAACCAGUCGUGUUCGAACAAUGGGCAAUGUGAAGCCUUCAACGUGCGAAGUACUUGCAAUUUUUUAAAAGGAGUCUGCAAAUGCAAGGAGCGUCAUACCGAUUUCAUCAGGAAUAGGUGCGGGUUAGCAAAACAAUACGUGCAUUGUUUGGUGAUGGUCAACAUGUAUCACAAAAAUUGGCGCAUGUUCCUUAAUAUGACUUCUUAUGAAAAGAUGUUGAUGACUAGAGAUUUGGAGUAUAAGAUCCAUCGCCGAUUAAAAAAAGUAUUAUCCGUUUUUGAUGACCUCUUCGUAUUAUUUAACAACUUAAUUUCCCCAGAUUCCACUAGGCCCCAUUUUAGGAUAUAUCUAUACCUUAAACAUGUGGAUGACUACCUUGCGAACGUGAAAAAAAGUGUGAAGAUUAUUUUGCCGGUCGAGUUCCGCUCCGCUCCUUACCAAUAUUGGGACACUCCAUUAAGCGUAACUAUCGAAAAAGUCGUGCUAGAGCCCGUCAAAGAUAUGUGCUUGGAUCAUCUAGAUUACCGCGAUUUCUGGCAAACAUUAUCCUUGUUCUUAGGAAUAGUAGCUCUCAUAGGAUUACCCAUCAUUUACAUUUGUUACUUAAAAAGAAAACGUUCACUGGAAAAUCGUAAUCCUUGGCGGCAACCCUAUUUCAACUUCCGUAUAAAUAUUCCUUACACGGUUCAAGAGCUGAGAGUGACCCUGACAACACUCAGGGUCAUAUAUGAUCAGGACCCUAGAACGGGGCUUAUCCUGGAGGACGAACAAGUCAUUUACAAGAUGUACGACCACUUCGUUAAACUUUACCUCAAGUAUUACUACGAGAUCUAUUACGACUUCGAUUACAAAUACGAAUACGAUAUCGAUUUCGAUUAUUGGGCCCGGUUCACCGAAAAUCAACCCGAGAUGGUGGAUUAUAGCGGGGAGGUCUUUGAAACGCCGAGGAAAACAUCUUCCACGAGGAACAUCAAUAAUAAACUUAGCCGAUAUAUGGAGCUGGCGGAGGGUUACGGCAUGACCGACGAUUCCAAUUAGGAUCCGCAAUCGAAAAAACCUGCCCUGCUUUUGGGGUUAGCAGCUCAUAGGCCCCUAAUUAUUUACUCGUUCUCAGCCCAUUUUUGUUAUUUUAAUAAUUGUAAAUUAGCAUCUCCGCUCUAUCAAGAUAUGUGUA